CUCCGCGUUCGGUAUCUCUUUCCGGCUACCGUAGAUACGCACCAGCGGAACGCGAGCGCCGCCGAUCUAGACUCGAAAGAGCCGAGAAUACGACAAGCACACGAGCACUCCACGGACGACUGCUGCCAGGACAAGCUUCAGGAAUCCAACAGAACGCGUUUUCGUUUCACGCUAUCAUCUGUGGCCUUGGCGAGCGCAACUCCCGACGUCAGCCGGCGGUCGAGGGCAAAAGGAACUGGAGCAAAAGGUUGUCUCCGGCACCGGAAGUACACUCACCUUGCGCUUCCUCGGCGAGAGAUGACCGCUGGCUUGCCGACGACGCGCGUCGCAAGAUCGUGGCGGCUGCGAGGUAAACAAACCCGUUCGCUCGCGUCCGCACGCCGCCCAAUUCUUUGAUCGGGAGUGGCCGCCCCGACCAACCGGACCGGCGCACUAUGCUGGUCGCGACGACGCCGAGCCCGCCGAACGGCGGUGCGUACUCGCCGCCGGCCGCAGCGUCAGCGAUCAGAAUGGACGGCUUCAGGACGAUGGACGACAUCGUCGAAGUGGACGCGGUGUCCGAGUCGCUAUCCUUCUCGCGCUGGGACAAGGCGGUGCUCGUGUUCUCCAUGCUGACCGCGAUCGGCGACGUCUUCGUCGACGCCUGGGUCGCUUACAAGUAUCUACAGCACGGCAAGUUGGUCUACUUCGCGCUGACGCUCGUGUUCAUUCUCGUGCCGUCGUGGAUCGUCACAUGGAUCAGCCUCAAGUGGUGCCUCAUCCAGACGCGCCACCCCGAGUACAAUCAGUACAGGCAGCGGACGUGGCUGGCCGUUGUGCUUCAUGUCUUCCAGCUCGCCAUCGUGUACAGGUACCUGAGCGCAUUGAUCUUCGGCAUCAAGAGCCAAAAUAAGUCACGCACAAAGACAGACCGUCGCAUCUACUACCAGCUUAUGUUGUGGGAGGACAACGAUGCUUCUAUACUGCGUCUGGUGGAGUCCUUCCUCGAGUCGGUGCCACAGCUGAUGCUGCAAGUCUACGUUCUCACGACAACGCCAGAUCAUUUGCGGUCACUGGUGCUGGCGCAGGUGGUUUCAGUGGCGGUGGGCACGGCAUCAGUGGCUUGGGCGCUGGUGGCUUACGUACGGACGCUGCGCUUCUCGCUCGAGGACUCGCCCAAUGUCUCCUGGCUAGGCACGCUGGUCUGCUACUGCUGGCGUCUGAUGGUGCUCAUGCCCCGGCUGACAGCCCUCACCCUGUUCUCGUCGGUCUUUCACUGGGUGCUCUUCAUCGUCUGCGGUGUUCGCUGGCUGCUCAUGUAUUCCUGGCUCAUCAAGUUUGUGCGCAUAGGCCAGUAUGACAGCAGGAGUGACAAGCUGUGCUUCAAGGCAGUGCUGGCAGCCGUGUACAUCUUUUGCUUUGUUGACCUGGCGCCUGGCAACCGCCGGUUCCGUUACGCCUUCUUUUAUGCUUUCACCUUUGGUGAGAACGCCCUGCUGCUCGGGCUGUGGUACCACUACAAGCAGGGCAGCCACUGGUAUGAGACGGUUGCACUCCUGGGCAGCUUCUGCAGCUUCUGCAUGGGCAUGGUCUUCCUGGUCAUUUACUACCUCCUGCUGCACCCAAACGCUUCCAGCAUCGUGCAGCCCGAGAUGCGGGACGUGAACACCCGCUGCGGUUACACAUCCGACGGGCUGGAGGACUCGCCGGUGGACACGCCAAGUGCGGAGCACAGGUCGCCGCCCCGUGUUCUUCUCGCUGAUGUCGCUCCCAACGGGGAGUCAUCGGAGGCGUCCUUCUUUGAGAGCGGUGACUCGCCAUGCUCCGUUCCGGGCUUCAAAGUAACGGCCGUCUGACACACGGCCGAGACCUCCGGAGGAGGAGGCGAUUGCCCUGUAAUGCCUGCAUACCUGCCACACGAUUCACGAGUUUGGGAGUCCAGUCAAGUGAGGAAGAACUUUGCAGACGUGCUCUGAAAUCGCGAGGGCGCAAAGUGUGAUGUGGAUUGCGGAGCAGAGGUUGUUGACUUGCCUGUCAAGCGAGAUGCAGGUUAAAGAAAGCCUCAUGAAACAGACAAGAGGUUACGAAAGAACAUGGCUCCCUUGAGCAGGAUCUGUUGACAUUUGAGAGUGAGAUUAUUGACUGCACUUUUGAAGGAGGCUGGCAAGGUUGCAGUUUGUAAUGGUUUGUCAAUCGAUAGGCCCCUGAUAAUUUAUGCUGUGCAUAUAACUCAAGACUAGACAUAGAGCUGAGAAAAGUCAGGCUUGAAGGUUGCUAGUGCAGAAGUGUAACGACACCUGCAAUGCCUUUGUUGUCAUUACAUGACUCUCAAGUUAGUACGCAUGUUGUGCAGUUGUCUAGCAGUCUUGCAAGCAUGGCUCAAACUUCAAGCCAGCUUUAUUGCAUUAUUUCAGCCACUAAAAGUGAUAUAGUGAAGAGAAUUGUGUCAGAUUGGCUAGACUGUCAUGAAUAAACUUAGAACUGCGCUCAACUGUGAAGUUGUAGGGUUGUUGCAGGUAGUUGGGAAACUUUAGAAGCACUGUACAUAACUUGUGAGACUGCUCAACCAGUUAGGUUAUGGGAAAGUUUGGUCAUGUGCGUGCCGCAGGUCAGCAGGUUAUGUUGGUUUGUUGGCUUAGGGGGAAUUGAGUUGAUCAGUACUGUUAUGAAAGCUUGUACACCUGACAUGCCACUUGUGGUGUCCAAAGCCAUCAUAAUAGGGCAAACAUGGUGCUCUUUCAUUUGUGGAAAAAAAAAAGAUUCUGUAUGUUUUAACAACAGGGUGUUGGUAAUUGUAACAGAAUAUACCAAAAGAGAUAGGCACAAGUCACAUGAGAAGAUAACCCUCUUAUGUGAUUUACAUCUGUUUCUUGAUGUACUUUAUGUUACAAGUAUGUCUUGCGCACUAUUGCACACACUAGGCCAUGAAAAAGCUUUACUUGGGUGUUAGUAGCAUUUAGAAUCCUCAGUGAUAUUUUGUUGAAAAACCUGAUUGAAUUUGGUUUUCUAGAGAAUUGCUCGUAGCCACUCAUUCGUUUCCAACUCAUGGGCCAGCAUGAGCUGAAAUAAUCUCCUUAAAAAAUCCCACUGAGAACACGUUGGUUAACUAUUGUGAGCUUAUCUGUUUGUGUUAGUACCUGUGAUAUACGUGACUGGGUUAGUUCCAAGGUGACAAGUGUUUUUUAAGUAACAGAGGCAGGAUUCUUUCUUUCCAGUGGGCAUCGGUUGUCUUUGUUCAACCCUGUGCAAGCGUGAGUGAUGCUGGUACAUGCUGUACUUCGAAGGAACUGGCCGAGCUUUAUUAUGCGACUCUAGAGUUAUGACACUGGAAGGAUAACAGGGUGUAUGUUGUCUACAGGGCUAACAGGGCCAAACAUAUAGUAAAGCAUUAACAGUUACCACCAGAAGUGACUGCUGGAUGAAGCUUCUAAUUUGAACAUCAUUCUGACUUUUCCUACUCACACAUAUACAUCCAUGCUGGCAUUUAGCUUUAAUUUGGCUAGUGGAAACUCUUGUGGUGCUCAUCAUUUGUGUAUCGUACUUUGAGUUGCGGUCACAGACAGCACAAGUUUUCAUGGGUUUAAUGGGCGUGAUUCUAACUGCAACAGUCAUGCUGUAUGCUGACCAAUUCUUCAAAUUUUUUGUGUAUCGUGCAGUGCAGAUUUUUGCCAGUCUUUACCAAAGUCAUAUGUCCAGCUGCAGACUUAGUCGAAUGACAGCAUUAGAGUAAGUUAUGAGUGUAAAUAGUAUUGUAUUUGAAGUUCAAAUGACUGGUAUCAUUGAAGUGGCUAGGUUUUUUAAGCUUGAGAUGUCAAAGAUGCACUUCCGGAACAUGGCAAGUGCGGUUAGAGAAACAAUUGAGCACUUGCUCAUAACCUUAGUUACAUCUGCUGUUACAGCAAGCAGAAAGUGCUUGCAACUCCUCAUGUUGAGUUCAUUUUAAGGAUCUGUCCAUGUUCAAAGCCUCACAGAAUGCACCGAUAAUGCUUUUGUGGAAGUCUGUGCAUAAUUAUGGUGUUCCUUUGAAGUUGUGGACUUGCACAGGAUAACCUAAUUCCAAAAAGCGUCCAGCAAAUCUAACCUGUGUAAUUAUUUCUGCCAAUUACGCAUGAUUGCCAACUGAUCACCUGUAAACUCUGACUUUCAAUAUUGCAGCAUCGUGGUUGGGCCUGAAAAGUUUACUUUGCAACUGCAGGAAAGUUAUGAGUCGCUUCGUUCGGUGUUCAAAAUCUCCCCUUAAUCAUCCGAGCACUCGCCAAACAGAGGUGUGGUGUGUUAUUCAUUUACCAUUUGGAACAAGAUGUACUCUUCUUAUUCAUAUGUCGCCAUAGCAAGAAUGUCACAAUUUUGUAAGGCUGCUCGAAAUAUUUUGUGAGCGAGCUGACUAGAACAAGGUCAUUUGUGCUGUGUCUACUCUUUUCCUUUAUGUCACCUGAAACCAAGGUUUUAGCGUGGUUAUGUUAGGUUAAGUCAUGGUAAUCAGGCAAUUAAAUAUGUAAUUAGCCUUCACUUGCUCGGAGUGUAGAUUAAGGGCCAAAAUGUCGUUUUUGCAUAUGGUUGUGCUCCUAAAUAAGCAGCUACCCUUCACAUAAUGGUAUUGUCCUAAAAUUUGAACUGUGAACUGGAGGUUAGUGCGUUGUGUGUUACUGUCCGUGUUUCGAGUGUGUCUUGUUGACAGACAAAACCUUUGCGGUGCCUGGUCAUGAUGCCUUGGCAAACCAUGGUGACAUUUGUCACGCUUCAUAUAGCGACCUGUGCUUUUAUCUUGGAGGUGCUAAGUAUAUAUUGUGCGUCUGCUACCGAUGUGUUGACACUCAAAUAUUUUUGUUCCACAAUCUUAUCUCAUAGCCCGCAUCAUUUGAUUUUGGCACCUGUGUUGUUUUUACAGAAAAAAAAAUAACAUCUGCACACAUGGCCAUUGAUAGGCUGUUGGUGCUAUCUGCUGGCCAAGUGAGACUACCAUUGUUACCAGUGCUCCUUGUUUAUCUGACAGAAGAUGUCAGCAACAAUCUGCUUGUCUCGCAGACUGCCCUUUGCCAAUGGUUAUAUGCAGAGACAGCUCUGGCUUUUUAACCCUUUCGCUGUCACGGACGUACCGGUACGUCAUCGCGCUUCCCCCCCAAAACUGUCACUGACGUACCGGUACGUUCUCUAUCGUGCGUUCAAAAUUUCGCGCCAGAGCGCAAAGCUGGCGCUCCUGGAUUGGCCACGCACUCUGUUGACUCUUUCUACAAGUUCGUAUAUUCGCCCCGACCUGUGUUACUCCAUGUAUUGAAGAGUAGGGCGCGACGGCCACUCCCCACUUUCUCUUUGCUGAGUGGCGCGGUGGCUCCGUGUUCGCUGUAUCAUGCGUCGCGCGCGUGUGGUUGUAGGUUCAAGGGUUGUUCUGCCGUCUCCGCUGGUUUGAAGGUUUUUAUUUUUCUUCUGUUGGUGUGCCUGCUACGGCGCGUCAAGUUCAGGCGCACGUGCCGUUGCCUCUCCGAAAAGAGCGACUCGUUGCUGCUUUCGCUCUCUCGCCGCACCCUCGCUUUCGACUUGCAGCAGUAAACGUAAAGCCCUUCGAACUUUGUUUAGCCUUUUUCCAUCUCUCUCUGUCAUCUUGAUCACGCAACGUCCCAUUUAUCUCCGUUGUGCGGGCGACUGAAAGCGCAUCCUCCCUGCGCGCGGUUGCUUUCGGAUGGCUCAGCGCGCGGGACCUUCGUCUGCUCAUUGGAGCGGUGGCUCAAUUCCGAUUCAGAAUACGAGCCGAGCUCGGAUUCGGACUCAGACAUAGUCGCAUGCGAGGAAGAGGGUUCCGCAUCGUCAGAUUCGGGUGUUGAAGGGAUUUUAUAGUCAGGCUGAUGAUGAUGAUGAUGUUUACUAACAACAGCUGCAGAACACUGAAAUGCGUAUAUUACAUUGACUAUGUUAUUUGUAUACCAAUCAUAAUCAAAAAUAAAUUGCUAUGUUCAUUCCCUGUUAUGCUCGUUCCCUGAAACCAAGCCGACACUGGGGGUGCGUCACGGUCAGAAAGGUCCGACAGCGAAAGGGUUAAGGUCACUAACAGUUCAGCGUUCAUUGUAUGAUUAUCAGGUUCUCCCUAUGUUUGUGAUACCCUGGUCAUGCACUCAUCUUCAGUGAUGAUUGAAAUCUAAGGCCAUUAAGAUCGCUUAGCUUCAUUGGCUUCUUGGUACGGGAUCAUGAAAGGGAGCGAAUGGAGAUUACAGAUCUUAACGGUCUUUGAUUUCAGUGCUUAACAAGAAUGCAUGUGUGACCGCAGUGCAGUCUCACUGUAACGAAUUUUCUAAUAUAACAAAGUGAAUCUAAAAUGUUUCUCGCUGAUAUCUACGUGUAAUGGACAUUUUUAGUGACAUUACAGGAUCAGGGGGUGAAACUGCUGUUCACUGUGAAUGGCUCUGCAAUCAGUAACAUUUGCACAGAUCGGUCGUGUUUGUUGUUUUGUCAGAAGAACCAGACAAGCGCUGGCACUAAACGCUCCAUGUAAGCUAUAAAGUGAAAUUCUGGUGCAAACUUUGAGUGUCAGCAGAUCAGCAGUAAACACGAAACAUGCUUUGUUGGGAGAAGUGCAAGGAUUCUAAUCAUGGAUUAUAAUGCGUGAAAACAUUAAUCGUCCCAGAAAUCUGACAGUAUUUGACCGUUCCACCCCGGGCUCACCAUACCGGAUGGAUGUUGUAUGCCUGUGUGAUGACUGUCUCUGAUUAACAAAUAUAGGGAAUUUGAGAUUAUACAAUUAUUGCUGACCAAGCUGUAUGGUAGUUGGCAGACAUCAGAAUUUACACGAAAAUUGCCAAUGUAGUUCUUACAUAGUAUCACACUGUUUACCUUUUAACAACCACCUGAGGGCCAUGUUGGAACUGCAAAAUCGAAGUCAGCCAGUACUAAGUGUAUAACAUUUUGCUAGAGACUUUGUACCUAGCUCCAGUUAAAAAAAAAUACCUACUCAAAAUUUACUGCAAAGUGCACUGCUUUUCCAAUCAGGUUUCUGUACCUCUUUAUUUGUUUACAAUAUACUGCAGGCCUAACUCAGGGUCCUUGUAGGAGUGUCGUCAAAAACAUUUUCAUAACAAGCACCACUGUAUAAUAGCAGAAUAGUAUCACGUCCUAAAACAUGAGCAAAGUUAUCUUUUACUCAAAUAGCGACAACGUAACAGUGACCACAGUACCCUGUAUGAAAUACUGCAGCUAUCGCAAAACAGGCAAAUACCGGAAACAACAGCAACAAAAAAUUUUGCCCAUAAGCAAGCAACCUACGAAAUGUCGAUUAACAGCAAUGCAUUUCACUACAUAACUGGAUCAGUGAUUGUAGCACAAGUGCUAAGGAAGCUUGGUCUGUAAUAUCGUAUCACCUUGGGUACCCUAUUUUUAAUAAUCUGAGACAGGCGAUGCAGGAACGCGCGGGUCUAUUCUCUUUCACUGGCCUACACCAGAUGCACCUCCGAGGCUGCUUUCUCUUGUUUUCUCUUUCUUGACCUUGUUCUAAUAUUUUUAUCCUAGACAGCACAUGUCACUUUUGCAUGUGCCAUGUUUUCAGACCUUAUGUGUCACUCUUCAGCUUGUCAUUGCCUUCUACUGCCAUUUCUGUGGAUAAGUGAUGGUAAGCUUGCCUCUUGUAAGCUGCCGUCACACAUUUUGCGCUAUCAUGUCCUGGUGCAAAUAUUUUUUAGUGACAGGGUCUGUUGAUUGCUCCCUGUCGAUAGCAGACAUGUUGUACUCCUUUCAUGGCAUGCUGAUUGUCAUUAAUGAAUUAUUUCUCAUUACUGUAGAAUUUAAACAAAAGCUCUGGUUGUAUGCCUAGUGCCUAUUUCUGUGUACUAUUUGUCGCAAAGUUUGCUAGACUCAGUUGCUCACAGCCAAACUAAACAUGAACCAACAUAUGGUGGCAAGGAUAUGGAACACAUUUUCGGCAUACCUGCAGUGCAGCAUCGUCCAUUAGCAGUGUGUCUAUUUAUGCUGUGCAACAGCCUCACUGCUAUGACGUCUGAAUUGUUCACCGUGAGGUGUGAAGUGUGUACCGUGCGUACCACUUUAAUCUCUAACUUACAUUGCACUAAUUCAGGUAAAGAUAACUGCGUAGUUAUCACGUAAUGUAAGAUAAGUGCACUGACACCUCGCCGAAGGUAUAUUCAACAUGGUUGCUGCUUUGUGCUUGCUCGUAAGGUAACCUUGAGUGCAGUGGGCCAUAGAGGGUAGGUAACAUCCAGCCAUGCCUGUCUUGGACUGGUGCAAUAACUCCCACAUGGGCAUAGAACACUACAACACACAGCAGUGAACACCACCAACAAAAAAAGUGCAAUUAUUGUUACUUGGUAUGGUAUGGUAUGGUAUGGUAUGGUAGCCUUGGGGUAUUCACUACCUUUGCCCACUGGUGCUGGCUGGUGUGAUGGAGAUAGGUGAUGAUGUCAACAGAUGAAGUGGGUAACCCACUUUAGUGCCUCAGUUCCUUUUGCAUGUUUUGCCAUUGCAGUAAGAUCUUGAGCAUGUAGUGUCAGUGUCUAUCUUGGUGGCUCGACCAACUACCAUAAUGCACCACGGUCACAUGACUAUCCUGACUGGACCCACACGUAAGGCAAGGCAGCUGCCAAAGUUGUAAGAGAUGAAGGCAUGGGAUGGGUUUAGCAGUUGAGAUGGAGGUGUUGAGUCUUGAGUCUUGAGCCAUGGGUUUGCGGUGUUCAGAGAUUCUCACAAGAGACCUUGAAGUCUCAGUAACAUUAGAUCAGCCGCAUACCGGGAGUUGCACCACUGCCCCACGUCUUUAGGACCAUUCUUGGCCAUAGGCGUUCUGGCCAGGAAGCUUUUGCGACAAAAAGUGCGUCUCAGAGCCGUUAUGAAGCGUUCCCAUUUGUACGUCAAAUUUGUGGCGUGCUACUUUUAUCACAUGUUGUACUGAUGUUCCUUUUAAUGUGUUUUAUGUGUACACCCUUUGGUGUUACGGAUGGAUUGUCAAUUUCAUCUUCAUGCAUGGAUUCUCGAGAUCUAUCUAGCGUUAUGUUUUCUGUUGAAUCUGGGAUAGCAUGGGUGAUGUGUCUUUUUGCAUGUUUCUCAUCUUUUGUCAAACUCAACUUAGUGAGCUUCAAAGGGUAAAAUCCUAUUUUUUGACAUCCUGCUCUCAGUCACUGCCAACAAGGCCUACGGGACAAAGUCAUGCUGAAGUAGGUAAUUAGAUUUUAUUGUUUAUGUAGUAUGUAUGCCAUUAGCGCAGUAACAGUUUCCGAGUGCAAGAUGUUGCUACACUAAAGGAUGAUAGAAGAGAACACCUUACACAGCAAUGACUCGUACAUCAACAGCCACAUUUGACUUUAGCUAAUUAACAAUAUAUCUUCAGGGCUUGUCGUUUGUGCAUGGCAUACAAAUUUGUCAAUCAGUGUUACUGCUUGACUAGUUCAAGAAUGAUUGGGUACUGCAUAGCUGGCUCACAUUUUGUAGACAAGAGUUAACAUGCUGAGUGAUCGUGUCUAAAGUUUUAGUUGUUAGGGUGUUUACCGCUUAGCUGUGAGGAGCCAUUACUGUUUAGAGUGUGCCAAACUUGGUUUGUCAUGACAGUGUCACAAAAAGUGCAUGAGUUGUUCUGGAGCCACCUGGCUUCCUUAUUCUCCUAGCUGUAAAAUGUGAUUGUAGUGACAGCUGUCAAAAGGACAGCUAUAGAGAAUUAGCAACAGAGUUCAGUUGAAUUAGAUUCCUCCUUUUUUUAUAUAUAUAGCCGGGGUUGUAUCCCGCUUGUGAUUCUGGCACAUGAAAAAGAAGUUUGUUCUUGCAUACUUUUUUUGCAUUGCAUUAAGAAAUAUGGCUGCAUCAGCGCUCAGUCUUUGCUAAAAAUUUAUUUGCGAGAAUUUCAUUUUGAUCAGGUGUUACAUGAUGCGACGAGAUAGCAGCGGUUGAGUAGUUAGCUUAAAGGUUUGAAAGAGGUUGGUGGUAUACUGGGGGAGUGUGCCUAGGGAGUGUACCUAAGAGUGUACAUAGGGAGUGUAUCUAGGGAGUGUACCUAGGGAGUGUGCUAGUUGUAGGGUUCAAGCCAUCUCCGUGCAUUCAAACACAGAAUUGAACAUGUAUCUUUUGUGGUCCUGUGUAGUACUGCACAUGUAGCUCUGAGGGGACAGGGUAUUUCAUUAUCUAUAAGCUCAGCACACUCAGGAUGAGGACACAUGAAAACAACACACCAUAAGGUGCUGGUUACCACAUACAUAUUGGUGUGUUAGUAGUUUGUUGCUCAUUAGGGUUAUGCGCAGGGCACUUAGGAUGCGGAUGCCAGAUGGUGCUGCAUAACAUAUACUGUUAGGCUUAGUUACUUGCUGUUACGUGGAGGCGCAGUACAUUUGGAAUGUGGACAAAUAAAGGAUACACCAGAGGGCUCUGGUUAACACUCACUUGUGAGCUAGUUGGUGCUUACCAUCUUGGACACAGUUUCAUCGUGUUGCAGAAGCUCCAGGCAGUUUGUAACCUGGUGCGCUUUGGCACCCUAGGCUAAAUCUUCCUGUUUGCAUGGUUGCCAUGGCAACUGAGCCCACCGCUGCAAACUUUCGUUCUGCUCCAGUGAAUAUCCCUUCGUCACUGUUUUCCCUCCAUGAUCACUUUCUAUUUCACUUGUUCCUGUGAUGUUAUCUGGCCACCUAUUUGUGUCGGUGCCACUUGGAGAAGUUUCUCCACCUGAAUAUUUAUUUCUCCAUGACAGUCUGCUGGCACUUGCUGUCAUAGCUUAUGCUUCAUGCGGAACCAAUUUGAAGGUAUUGAUAAAGUUCUUGAAAAAUAAUUUCAAUUAAAUUUUUCGACCACUCAGAGAUUGUGGACAUAAAUUUUUUUGAAAAUGGUAAUUUUCCUUAUUGCAAAUCUGAGUAUAAAAUUUGUUGUAGAUUAAAAAUGCACACAUCAUGCCGCUACUUGUGAGCAACAUUUUCUGUGAAAAUUUGAAAUACAAGACUUCUUUCUCAAAAACCUUGUUGAUACCCUACUAUCAAAAGCCACUGGCUUUCUGUUAUCCAGCACAAAGCCGUCCAAAGGCUAGAUGAUUAGGUUAUCCAAUAGCAACGAUUUUCAUUAGUUCUGACAUAACUGCCACAAUGUUUCACCUGUUUCCCUCUUAGAGGCAAAAGAGAGAGUUCUAAAAUGGUAUCAGAAUAGGAUGCAGGAACUUGCCUCAUUGUCUGCAUUAACAAAUCUGUAAUGGAUUAUGAAACUGACUCAGACUGGUCCUGGCAGAUGGUGCAAAAAAUUAUUAGGAUGAGUAAGGCUCACCUUUGGUACUUGAGAGGUUAUGCGUCAUCGUGUGAAGGGUAUCUCACUGAACCUUUGUGUCUUGUUCUCUUUGUGAAAUAUUUAUUGGCUUGUAACCAUGCCAGUCAUUUAACACAGUAAGGUCUCUAACAAACUUUGUUCUUCUAGUCAUAUGUGAACAAUUGAUGCUUUCUUUUUCUUUUUUUUGCAAAUUGAAAGCAAAAAGGAGACACAGAGUUUGCUUGCAACAAAUGCCCAUCUUUUUUUUCUUCUUUUUUUCGUAAUAUUGUGUAGGCAUAAUACAUAUAUACUGAUCAUGUUACUGAAGUAUGUGAUUUGCAUAGUGAGUUUGUGGUAGUUGUACGUGGAGAAUAACAUUCUUUUAGUCAGCAAAGAGCUCUUCACUGGCUUACACAACAAUUCCUUUGCGUCUCUAUUAGUCCACCUUGUUGCAUGUUUUAUGUCAAAGCAACAAGCCUUUGCUCAUGUUUAGCUAUUGUCAUUUAAGCGUGCUGACAGUUUGUGGCUCAAUAUAGCUUGAUUGCAAAGCUCAUUAUUUACUCCAUAGACGCUGAGAGAUGCAUGUUCAAAGCAGUGCUGCGAGAGAGGCCCACAUGAGCUAAGAGACAUUCCUUUCAACGCUUGCUUCUUUUAUUACAUCAUCUGUGAUUUCAUUACAUUCCAUUUGGUGAAGCAGAGUUGUUUUACAGACAGAUAUGUUGGUCACUGUUUUGCUCAGGUAUAUCUCAGUAGUCUGCAUAGUCAUAUAUCGCCCAUCUGUGAACUCCAUAAAAUGCGCCCUAAAUGACAAUUCACUACGUCUGUACAGCUGUUGAUUGCAAGUUUUGAAAGGUGCAUUUGGCUGCUGUGUUAGAGCAAGAAGGUAUGGUCUGAGCAGUGUAUGACGGAUCUCUGCAUUUCAGAGGCGGUUCAUGAAGCACUGGUAUACACUAGCACAUGCUUAUGUAGUCAUAAUGCACAACAUUCCAGUCAGGGUACCUGCUUUAGAGUGAAGUGGCAGUGUCUUUUUAUUAUUCGGAUGUAUGGUGCUUUGUUUAGCUGCAUAGUUUUUAAGCGUGCCCAACUAGACACGCCAGUGAUUUCUUGCUGGAUUUAAUUAAAGAGAGAACACAAGACUGCAAAAAACAUCAAGUCAUUCUGUAAAAUUAACUCAGUGGGAGGAGUGGGGUGGCACGAACUAAGCUACCGAUCAAACCAAAAAGAGACUCAUCAUAUAUCCAUGCUCUUUUUUAAUUCUUAGUGUCACACAUAUUUUAGAUUUCUACUCAGUGCUCUCUCCCACCCAUUUUUUUUUUAAACACCUGUUGAUUGAGUGUUAUAUAGAAGGGUCAGCAUGUUGACAGUGACUUUGGUCACCAAACCAUCACGGUAUGCUUGGUAUUUGAGUUGAAUUGAAUAACCACAUGUCGACUUUGACCUCUUUCACGGGUCGUGAACAUUUGUGUGAGUGGCAUCCUGUGCUUCUUUAGCAUUUUGAUCGUACAUUUGCAACUGAACUGUACUUUGUUUCCUGUUUUCCUAUCAUCAUCAGUUCCUACUAUCUUUACACUUGCCGUGCUAAUAUUGUUGUGUACCUUAUAUUGUGUCGCGAUACUUUAUAUGUGCUGUUUUGAACGACGUGUAUUGUGUGCUGAGGAAUUAAUAAACCUGUUUAAUGAAUGA